AUGACUGACAUCUUAAAAUGUGUUGGCAUGAAAGACUGUCAACCCUUAAUUACUCCUAUAUCUGCUUCAAAAACCACUGUUUUUAACGUUGAUUUAUAUGAUGAUGCUACACAGUAUAGAAGUUUGGCUGGAGCUUUACAGUAUCUUACGGUUACUCGUCCAGAUCUAUCCUUUGCGGUCAACCAACUAUGUCAACACAUGCAUGCUUCUAUAAUCUCUCAUUGGGAGCAAUUGAAACAUGUACGGAGGUAUGUAAAGGGAACUACUACUUAUGGUCUGCGAAUACGGAAGUCACUGUCCAGAGAGUUACAUGCUAUUUCAGAUUCCGAUUGGGCUGGCUGUCCUGAGGAUCGUAAGUCUACUAGUGGGCACGCUGUUUUUCUUGGUUCCAACCUUAUAUCAUGGGUAUGUAAGAAACAGAGAACUGUUGCUAGAUCAUCUACUGAGGUUGAAUAUAAAGCUUUAGCAGAUGUUUGUGUUGAGGUAAGUUGGAUCAUCUCUCUACUACGUGAAAUUGGCGUGACUGGUGUGUCGACUCCCAGGCUUUGGUGUUAUAAUCUUGGUGUUACAUACAAGUGUGCCAAUCACAUUUUUCAUGCUCGUACUAAGCAUGUAGAAAUUGAUUAUCACUUUGUUAGAGACAGAGUUGCGAAUGGAGAUAUACAUGUUAAUUUUAUUUCAACUAACGAUCAACUGGCAGAUAUCUUUACCAAAGCUCUACCUGGUUCUAGAUUUUCUUUUCUUAGAGACAAGCUACAAGUCACUACUUUACCUUGUGCUUGA